AUGGACUCCUCCCUCCAUCCUCUGCAAGGACUCUACAAGCCCAACAACCUCAAGGCACUCUACUAUGGCCCGGAUGUGGUGAAGAAGCACAUCCUAUCGGCGCUGCCCACAGAGUCAUCCAAGGCCUUCAUCAUCACAGGCAAUUCGCUCGCCAACAAGACUCCGCUUAUCAAAUCUCUCGAGGAGCUUCUGACCGAGAAACACCAUGCGGGCACAUUCAGCAACAUCAAAGAGCACGCCCCCAUUGCACAGCUCGACGAGGCCACCGCCAUCGUGAAACAGGACAGCACAAUCGACACCAUCAUUUCCGUUGGCGGCGGCUCCCCGAUCGACAGCGCCAAAGCCAUCUCUUACCGCGUACACGAGACGUCCCAGAAGUGGCUUUUGCACAUCACCAUCCCGACGACGCUGUCAGCGGCCGAGUGCACCGCCAUUGCGGGAUAUACGCAAGCAGACGGCACAAAGACCGGGAUCAACCAUCCAAACACGUACCCGGCGUAUAUCUUUUAUGAUCCGAAAUUCGUCAUCUAUACCCCUCCACACCUGAUGUUGUCUACGGGCCUUCGAGCGAUGGACCACGCCGUCGAAAGCCAGUAUCACCCGGCCACGACGUGGAUCCCCUGCCGAAUGGUCGCGCUGAAUGCCAUUACCGAACUAUUCCGCCUGUUGCCGAAGUACAAGGCGGACCCGAAGGACGAGGAUUUGAUCACCGGCCUGCUUCUCGCCGCCUAUGCGAGCCUAGGAUUCGUCGGCCAGAGCCUCAAAGGCGGGCUAGGGCUGUCGCACUCCCUGGGGUACGCAUUGGGCUCCCCCUACGGCAUCCCGCAUGGGAUCACGUCGUGCUUGACGCUCGGCCACGUCGUCAAGCUCAAGGCGCGCCAGAGCGCCGAGAACGCGGAGAACAUUGCGGCUAUCUUACCUUACAUCGGGGGAGAGAAGAGGUCGGGAGACAACGUCAAGGACAGCGAUCUCGUCGGAGACAGGAUCUUGGCGCUGGUGCAGGACCUAGGCCUGAAGACCAACCUGACGGAAAAGGGCGUGGGCAAGGAUCAAGUGGACAUUAUCUGCGCGAGGGCCACGGGCGGCUUGAUACCCCAGCAAAAGGAAAAGAGCGCGCAGGGUGAAGAGCUGCUUAAGUCCAUCAGAAGCCUGGUUGAGGGGCUUUGGUAG